GAAGCCUGCCGCCGCUCAGCUGAGACAUGAAGAGCUGCAAGGAGUGGCGGAUGAAGACGGCGAGUGCACGAGCGGCGGCUGAACGUGCAUGAGAGUGCUCAGGAGGAAAACAGGUCGAGGAGUGAACGUGGAGGAGGGAAGAGAGUGGAAGACCGGGAGAUAGGUGGAGCACCAAAAAAAAAAAAAAAAUAGAGUGCAUCUUCUACACACUGAGCCUGACAUACAGAAAUCAUGGCCAACAUCACGACCACUAUACACCCAAGCAGUCUCCCAGGGCACCCUGAGGCCGUCCCUCUGUCCCGUGUCUCCCUGCAGGUUCGGGAAGCCUACCCCUUCCAUGAUGGCUGGAAUGUGGCGUGUUUUGUCAUCCUUCUGCUUUUCAUCCUCACUGUCCUGUCCCUGGCAGCCUUGGCCGUGCUAUAUGAACUGCUCGACUGUGGCUGCUGUGCCAAAGGGAAGACGCACCACCAGCUACAGGAAGAAGGGCCAGGAAGCUGCAGCAAGCUCAUUAUGACCAGCAUUUGCAAGGAGCCAGAAUCCCACACUGAGGUGGUAUAGGGGCAGCAAGGGAUGAAGAAGUUGCAAAUCAGGAAUUCGGGGUUCAUUGCUGAAUCCGCAAUGCUACAAUGCUGCCCCUGAUUCCCUUAAAAAAAAGAAAAAAGACCUCAAGAAAAUGACUAAAAGUGGUUCAAUUGCUCACAGUUAGGAGGAUGUUGAGAGAAGAGACAUUAUGGUAAGAGAACGAUGUGAAAAAGGAAAAGGACACUGGCUUGGAGUGAGUCUAAUUAGCUUUUCAUUUCAGUUAAGAGGGAAUCUUCACACAUCUACAGCUCACCCUAAAAGUAAUAGUUUACACCAGAAAUACCGCUAGAAGAAAAAAAGAGCAGCCGAGUAGAAAUACGACAAACUGUGUGGCUGGAAAACUCACAUUUUCAAUGCUUUAAAAUGAAAGCUGUGAAAGAAUGUGCCACACUAAGCGGGCAUUUCUUGCUUUGUUUUGUUAUAUGACGUUGCAUGGCCAGAACAUGGCAACAUGACAAAAAAAAACAAAAAACAAAAACACAAUUCUGACCAAUAUCAGCAAAUUAAAAAACAAGCAUUCUUGUUCAAUGACAACUGUCCUGUGAGUACAACACAUACGUUUGCCCUACUAGAGUCAAACAAGCUUUUAUUAGACAUGCUGUAUAUAUGAAAAUACUGUCUAAAUCUAAGGACUUGAAUAUGCUGGUUUAAACUGAUCAAUCUUAGGUGGAUAUCAUCAUUGCUUUGAACCAAGACUGUGUUUCCCUGUUCUUCAGUAAACUGUAUGCCAUUGUUGUCAACAUGUUUAGCAUUGCAACAUUAUCUUCUGACAAGUUUGGUUGCUGCACAGUGAUGUAAUUUAUGUCAUGUUGAGCACAAUGUAUAAUUUCAUAUGCCUUACCACAAAAUGCCUAAUAAAUUGUCACUGAAUUA